GAUGUGUUUAUUGCUAGCUUACAGCCCGCGAUAAGUUUGGCAAAGUCUGAUACUUGACUACUACUAAUUUAUAACUUAUUGGAUGGAUAAAAUGCCCACAACAUUUCUACCAUCAGGAAACAAGCCUUUGUUAGUACGAGGUACGGUACAAGAAUCCUUCCACGACAGUCUUCCCAACACGAGUCGCUAUGCAUGGCCCGUCAACAAUUCAAGGCCGGGAAGUCGAGCAAGCUUUCCAAGUCGCUCUAGCAAAAACCCGUUCUUUGCGCGACAUAAUCCACAUCCCCAGCGAGUUAGACAUCUGAAAGGUUUGCUAGAUGUUCCUGUUUGUACUGUUAUCGAUUCUACUGCAGCCGAAGAAGACUCGAGCCGUUUCUUGGUGUCUACACCAACAAUAGACCAAAUGAGACAAAGACCUCUGAAAGGCCUUCGUAUGCCAAUAAAUGCUGAGAAUUUUGUAGUAGUCAAAGAAAAGGCUGUUCCUUGUAUAGGCUUGGUUCCCAUAACUCAAACUUGGAGAGAGGAGUUAAGAAAGUUAACUGAAGCAGCAGGCUUAAAGACCAAGAAUCCCUACACUCUGACAAAUGCUUACCAGGGCCCAGGCUCCAGGCAAGGAGAGAGGCCUAGGACUAGGAGUGGAGAAGUUCCGCCAUCUCGUAAUGGAGAGAGGAAUAUCCAAUCACGAAUGAUGUCAAGAGAAAGUAAUCGGCCAAUGACACAACAAGGUGAACGACCAGGUUCACAGAUGAUACAACGUCCACCUACACAACAAGAAGCACGUCCUAUAGGGCAAGACCGCCCCUUGGAACACAUCACACUAUUCCCAGAUAAUGAAGGAUAUAUGAUGGAGCUUCUUGGGGGUAUUUUGCAAACAGACUCUGUUCAAGCUGUUCAGUCAUGGUUGAUGUCAGCUCCUGAUAGAGAAAAAGAGCUUGUUCUGGACAUGAUACGUGCUGUCACUACAUCUGACCGUGAAUUCAGAGAAGGCUACAACACAGUGAUUCGUUCUCCAACAUAUGAAGAUCAAUUACUGCAACAAGAGGCAAGCAUUGAUGUAGAUGCCAUCAAGCAGUAUAAUGAAGUAAAGAAGAAAGAAAAAGAUGCAAACGAAGUAGAAGUCAAAGAGGAUCCACCCAAGAGUCCUCGUGCCAAUUCUCAGCAAAGUUUCACACAAUACAAGUGGACAUCUCCUGGAUGUAAACCCAGCUCGCCAUUUAUUGCUACAGAGAAGAAGAAUGGACUUGUAGCUGAAUCGAACAAAGCUAGACCAGGAACUGCUGAGGCUGAAAUUGAAGAGAUCCGGAGCCGUCUUCAGUCAAGAUCCUCUCCACGAGUAUUUGCUCAUCAAAACCGAGGGGUAACAUCACGUCCAGUUUCAAGGCCAGCCACUCAACAAAGUCUUUACAUACCCCCAACAGAGGCACUUAACCAAUCAGCGCAGAGACCACCCAGUCAUCAGUCAAUUAAAAGCCAACAAUCAGUGAUCAAGAGCAUCUUAUCUUACAAACCACAGCAGAAUAACUAGAGGAGUGCUGCAUAUAUUGGAAUUCUUAUUCUUAGUGAAUUAUAAUAUAUUAAUAAGUCCAUUCAAAUCUAGUCGUUUGCAAAUCAAGUAAGCAAAAUGAUAAAGAUAUUGUAUGCUAAUAAAUGAGACCAACGUUC